AUGAGUACUCCAGAGGAAAUCAAAGCAGAAUAUACUUCUAGCUUGGCUGACCUGACAUUCAACAGCAAACCCCUCAUAAAUGUACUCACUAUGCUGGCUGACGAAAAUUCACCAAAUGCCAAAGUUAUUGUUGAAGCUAUUGAAACACAUCUGUCAAAGGUUCCAAUUGAUGUGAAACUUCCCAUUCUAUAUCUCAUCGAUUGCAUAGUCAAGAAUGUUGGAGGAACUUACACCAGUCUCUUCAGCCAGAAUAUUGUGUCUAUGUUUUGUGGUGUAUUUACAGCAGUGGACGAGAAGACGCGGGCCGAGAUGUUCAAAUUGCGGCAGACGUGGAACGACGUCUUCCCGCAGAAGAAGCUCUACGCCAUCGACGUGCAGAUCAACCUGCUCGAUCCCGCUUGGCCUGUCACCGCUCUGCCGCCCUCUAACAGCAUCUAUUUCAACCCGAAGUUUCUGCAGACCAACGCAGCUCCACCGACAAAGCCCAAAGCAGAAACGGAACCGACCCCGAGGCUUUCGUCCGCCAAUCCCGCUAACGUCAAUAAGGAGACGCUGCUGAUGCAGGAAAAGUUGAUCCAGAAGCAGAAAGAACUGCUCGAGCUGCAACAGAAGAAACUCGAACUGGAAGUGCUGCAGACGCAAGUGAAGCUUCAGGAGCAGAUAAAGCACAACGUACCAAACGUUCCGAUCACAGGAAGACCGCAAAAUAUUCUCCUUAAACCAGAGGUUGCGAAACAGCUAGUACCCACAUUGACCAGAAAAGGAAGCGGAAUGGGCGUCACAUUACCACAGAGAUUACAAAUAAAUCCGAGCAACGGCACGCGCAUCAACCCCGUCAAUAGCAAUCUGAUAGCGGCGGCGGGCAACAAACCCACCAUCAGAGACCCCAGACUGUUACGACAACAACAAAAAUCCAACAUCACCUCGAACGAACCCCAAAAAACCGGCACCGCGGACAACAACAGAAUCGCGUCCAAAUUAACCGCACGAAAACCGCGAACCGACCCGCGACUAACCAACAAAGAAGACCAAGACAAGGACAGCGCGAAACUCGCCAGCCCGAUGAAAGUGCGCCACGCGAAAAAAUCUAGCGGCUCCGACACCAGUUCGCUAAAAUCCAACUCGAGCAGCAGCCUCGAUUCCCCGACCAAAGCGAAAAACGACCUGUCGCAGCAGUCGCCUACCAAGCAGAAGAAGAAGAAAAAGGGCGAGGAGAAGAAGGCGAGUCCGAAGGGCCAGAAGCCGGAGGGCGAUGGCAUGUUCAAGGGGCUGAAGGGGUCGGUGAAGAAUCGGAAUUAUGUGCGUCGGGUGGUAGGGUCGGCUAGCCCCGAGCCUAGACAGGACGAGGACUUGCGGGCGUUCGGGCCGCCCGAGAAGCAGCCGAGGCUGCAAGGAGAGGCCGCUGAGGAACAGAAUACCAAUGUUGGUGCGCCAGCUAAGGGUAUGGAUGUGGAUUUACGACAACUUCCGGCCCUUAUUGGAAAGAAACGUACAUCGACCGAAUCGCCAGACCAUAGCAGUGCAAAGAAAAGCAAAUCUGAAAUUUUGGAUAAGUUAUUCGGCGACGAGGACACCGACCUGCGCCGCCUACCGCUCGACUCGCCCCGCCCCUUGCCCGCCCUCGCCGCCGAACCGAGCGCGCCGUUGGCCGAGCCACGCCCGCCGACUCCGCCUCCGCCAAUCAUUUCGUCGUCCAGCGAGAAGGAACGGGAGCGGGAGGAGGAGGAGUCGCAGAAGAGCAGUCUGGACGCGGUGCGGGCCAAGCUGGCGAACGCGACCAACAGGGAUAAGGUCAUGGCGAAGUCAUUCAACAAGAAGAAAAUGAAGGUACUGGAGGACCUGGACCUGAGGUUCCCCAAACCCGCCCCGUCCACAAUCAACUCCAAAAUAAUCAUCUCCCCCGAAGACGAGAACAACAUAAAACGCGGCAACCUAACGCCAGAGCAAUCCAACCAGCUCCUCCAAAAAAUCGUCAUGCAAAUGGAGAAAAACAAACUCAAAGAAGCCAAGAAGAAAGACAAAGAAGACUCCUUCAACGUCUCCCUCCAACCGAUCAGCGACGAAGAAUUCGUGGACACCGACGACGAAACAGAAAAAGAAAAAAAAGAGGAACCGGCGCCCAUUGAAGAGAGAGAAGAAAGCCUGAUCCCGUUCAAGGACAAGGACGAGCGACUUAACGUCGCGCCCCUCGUCGAUUUCGUGCCGCCCGCCUUCUCUGGCGGCAUGAGGCGGUUCCCUGCGCCCUGGCGCGCCAGGAGAACGCCGUGGGCGGAGGUAGGGGGGCCGCCGCCUCCGAUGCCGCGCAUGCCGCCUGUCAGGCCGCCGUGGGGCGUGGCCAACGUGUGGAGGGGGUUCGCGCCGCCGCCAGGGGGCGGUUUCCGGGGGGAGUUCGAGGGGGGGUCGCGUAGCCCCGUGGAGGCGGUGGUCGAGCGGCCUAUCAGCGAGGCUGUCGAUGACGACGAGAUCAAAUCGAUAGCAAUCGACGGCGUCCAAAAAGACAUCCGCUUCUACGGCGAGAUGGGCAUCGUGUUUGUCAACUGGGACGAUCCUCGCGAGCUCACCUUCCAAGACGACGGCGUCCGUCGCCUCACUUUCAACGACGACGAGCCCAUCGUCCUGGGCUUCAACCGCCCCUACGAAGAGGUGCUGGUGAACGGCAGUCCCCACCUGGUGCGCAUAGGCGCGCCCAGCAGAGAAAUCUUCAUCGACCGUGCGCCCUACGAGUGCUUCUUCGGCAGCGCCGGCAUCUGCAUCAACUUGGAUGGGGCGCGAACCAGGGUCAAGCUGGAGGGCCCGCCCCCGCCCGUGAAAAUCGGGGAAACGCGAAGAAGUGACGUGGUGGCAGGGAAAAUCAAUCUGUUUAUCGAUGCUAAAAUUGUGGUGCCCGUUUUCCUAGACGCUCGAGUGCAAAGGUUCUCGCUCGACGGUCAAACGAACACUUUGAAAUUUGUAAAUGCUUUGGAAUCUGUAUUAAUAAACGAAGUACUUUUUGAUGUUGAAUAUGGUGGUCUCCCUAAACCUAUUGUCGUCCAUGGUAAAAAGCGUUUUAUAAGGUUUUCAGUGUUGCCCAAGGGGGUUAGGGCGGGAAGAGCGAAGAUCGUGGAUAUGGAGAGGCUGGGCGAAGAGGCCCUCCAGGAGGAGGACAGUAGGGACAGCACCUCGGAGCCCUACGACCCCGCUUUGCCUAUAGCGGAAAGGGCGGGUGAUGGCGGGGAGUCGCCGGAAAGGAGUUCAGGCUCGCCCAACUCCUUCCAGAAUAUCUUGCAACAGCAGAAUCUGACCAACCUCGACGCCCUGUCGAACGCGAUGACCGGCCCCGCCCAGCCGACCACGGGUAGCUACCAGGUGGACAACCAGCCGGGCGGGCGGGAAGCAAGGGCGGAACGGCCGGUUGGACUGCCCGCGGCGCCCGCCCUCAACAUCAACGACCUGUUCCAGAAGCUGGUCGCCUCGGGCUUCGUCACGUCCUCGGAGGGCGAGAGACCGGCUGGGGCGGUCGAGAAAGCGGCUGGGGCGGUCGAGAUAGCGGCUGGGGCGGUCGAGAUAGCGGCUGGGGCGGUCGAGAAAUCAGCUGGGGCGGUCGAGAAACCGGCUGGGGCGGUCGAGAAGAGCGGUGCGGGGAAGGACGGUGGCCGUUUGUCGCCGGUUAAAGUGGUGCCCCCUCAACCAGACCCGUCGAUAGCCUCCAGCCAGCGAUCGAGGAAGAACCUCGAGACCCUGCGUCCUCUAACCUUCAAAAAACCGGAACAGUUCCGCAUCCGGCAGAACGGCCUGUACAAGAUCCUCUAUUCGGGUAUGCAGUGCAGCAGUUGCGGCAUGCGGUUCUCGACGGACGCCACUGUGCAGUACAGCCAGCACCUCGACUGGCACUUCAGGCAGAACCGUAAGGGAAAGCGGAACAGCCGGGUUGCCGCUAGCAGAAGGUGGUACUACUCGUUGGCGGAUUGGAAGAAUUACGAGGAGGUGGAGGAUUUGGAGGAGAGGGAGAAGAACUUCUUCGACCAGCAGCAGCAGGCCGAGGGGGCGGCCGACGAAGACGAGCAAGACGCGGAGGUGCCGAGCGUGACGGCCGAUCCGGAUUCCACGGCCGAGUGCUGCGCCGUGUGCCGCGACAAGUUCGACCAGUUCUUCCACGAGGAGAGGGAGGAGUGGCAUCUGCGCAACGCGAUCCGGGCGGAGGAGAAGACCUACCAUCCGGUGUGCUACGAGGAUUAUCAGCAAUCCCUUCUGGACAACACGGCGGACGAAAGCAAAAUAGAACCUGUCGAAGAAAAGUCUGAAGACCGUUUGAUUCCCGGUCUGGAGAUAGUGAUAGACGAUGACGACGAAGACGACGAAGGUGAAACGAAUGACCAUGGAGACAAGGAGCCGCCGGAAGUCGUAUCCUUGGAAAGCGACGAAUCGAAACCGGUAGAGGAUGGCGAGGGUGGGGAGAGUCAGCAAGCUGCGCCUGAGCCGGAAGAGGAGGAUGACGACGACGACGACGUUAUUUUGAAUGAGGUGGCGCCCAUAAAGAUCGUGGUCGACGAUGACGACGAAGAACUGCUUUCCGAAGGCGUUUUCUCCGAUCCGGACGCUGUCAAAGUGAAAAGAGAGAGUCUGGACGAUGGAUUCGUCGAGGUGUCGAGUCUGGUCAGUUUGCAGAAUGGAAAACAGAUCAAGAUCAAAUCUGAACCGAUAGAUCCAGACGACGUCCGACCGAUCACCCCCCCGCCCAAAGACCCCCCUACGCCGACCAGCGAUCCCCCCACCAUCACACACACCUCCCUCCCCUCGCACGUCGACCAAGUUUCCUCGAUGGACGGCAACGUCGAGAUGGCCGUCAGCGCAGUCGCCACGAACCGCAUCAAAAUCAACAUCAGCAAGCCUAUCCCCGCUGUCGGCAAGGAGAAAGAGGGGGGUGGCAUUGGAGGGGAGGAGAUGCCGCCCUGUCUGGACGCCCCGGAGCUGGAGCCGGCCGCCCUCAAGGAGGGUUUGAAGGGCGUGAGGCUGACGAAGCUGCCGCCCGUGUCGAAGGGGAAGGACUUGACCGGAUUGUGCUCUAUAAUGUGAUGUGCGGGUGUGAGUGUUGUGUGUAUGUUUUUGUAUAUAGUUGUCGAUUUGUGUGUAUAUAAGUUGUAUGUAGCUUGUUUGUAUCGAGUGGGCCGAGGUGGGGAGGAUAAGCUGUCGUUUGUUCAU